GAAUCCGUUCAAGAAAAAGGCGAAUCCGUGUCCAGGAUAUCCUACGUAAAAUCUGACUAAAUAUCUUGAAAUAUCAAUGUUUUCUAGAUUAAGAUAGUUCAAGUGAUUAUAUUUACAUUUGAUUUACACUGAUAAGAUCAUAAUACACUAUGUUAGAAAAAGAUUAAGAAUAGAUUUCAUAUCUUGAAAUUCAAAUAAAACAACUUUUGAUAGAAGCUUUGAUAAAACUAUUCACUGUAUCACGAACAUACGAUACAGAAUAGGUGAUAUACAAAGAAAAAUCGAAAAUUUUGUGAUUUUUCUGAUGUACAAGUCAUGAUUGAAAUAUUUUGUUUUAUUUUCUAGGUUGUUGCAAAUAUGACAUUAACAGAUCAGAAUGUCCUUGAAAUCAACUGUGGCAGAGGUGCUGGUGCUGCAUGGUGUGUUCAUACUCAUGCAUCUCACUCUUAUAUUGGAAUAGAUCCUUCUCAAGAUGUCAUUAAUCUAUGCCAACGACUUUAUUCGACAAUUCCUCGACUUUUUUUCGUAGUAGCUGAUGCAACAAAACAUUUACCAUUUGAAAAUGAGUCAAUUGAUAUUAUUCUUUGUAUUGAAGCAACGCAUGCUUUUGGCGAACCAGUAGCAAUCGCACAGUUUGUCAAUGGAGUCGUUCGUGUACUUCGUCUAAAUGGAUAUCUUCUAUGGUGUGAUUUUUGUUACAUGAAUGGAUCAGAUACAUCAAUUUAUGAUCUAAUAGCAAAUGAUGAAUUAAUUAUUUAA